AUGACACAACAGGUUGAGAGCGAACUCCACAGCGGGCCGAAAAACGACCUCCAGGAAAUGUCUACGACAACCUCCACCAAGUCUGAAUCCCACGAACUGGACCUGGAAUACUCGCCAGAAUCUCCCGUGGACCCAAAGGAACUUGACCAAGUGUACCGUCAACUAGAUAUCCGGAUUAUUCCCGCGCUGUGGUGCCUCUAUUUUCUUGAAUCGUUUGGAGGAUCAGCAUACGGAAACACACUCACAAUGAACUACGAGAAGGGCCAUUCAUUGAAGCUCAGUCUUGGACUAAGUGCCCACCAUACCUCGAUUGCGUCUGCUCUAGUGUACGUGGGUAUCAUCGUGUUUGAUGUUCCUAUGAACCUGGCAAUGACCAAACUUUCUCCCCAAGUCUGGCUUUCGAGAAUCAUAGUAUCUGUUGGUCUGUGCUAUACAUGUUACACUGCGCUUAAAGGUCCUGGAGGCCUCAUAGCAAUUCGUUUCAUUACCGGAAUAUGUGGGGCCGGAACAUGGCCCGGAAUGUCAUACUAUAUUUCUCUUUGGUAUCCCGGAGAAAGAUCGACUAGGAGGAUCGGUUACUACUUCACUGCCGCUCAGCUAAGUGCGUCUGCAGCUGGACUGGUAUGUGCAGGUUUCCAGAAAAUGGACGGCGUGAGGGGAUGGUACGGAUGGCAAUGGAUGUACCUGGUAUAUGGAUGCAUCACUAUUGUGUGUGGAUUCACAUUGUUGUGGUGGUUGCCUGAUAGACCAAGAUAUCUUUCAAACCAAAACCAAUCCGCCGAAGACCGGUUCAUGUCUAGGAUCGGGUUGGAUAAGUUCAACUUUUUGCCCAAAGCUACCCAACCGCUGAACGAGAGACAGAGAAAGUUGCACAAACAAGAUAUGCUAAUCAGAUACAAGAGAAUUCAGUAUGGAGUCAAGGAUGUCUGGAACAUAUUCAUUGAUCCUAGACUAUGGCCCUUGAUUAUCAUGUAUUUCGGAGUUGUAGGAACUGGAUUUGGUCUGGCCGUGUUCGGAACGACCAUCAUUCACACAUACAACCCAAGUCUCUCCGGAAUUGACCUCUCGCUGUUGUACGCGCCAAUCUGGCUAUUUGACCUUGCUGCUAUUCUGUUGAUCACGCCUUUCGCUGAUAAGUUCCCCAAAUGGAGGCCUCUUUUGUUUUCUCUUUCCACAUUGAUCAUCAUAACUGGUCUCCUGGUCUGUACUUAUGCACACGACAAAUGGAGCAAGUACGGAGGUCUUCUCAUUGCCGGAUUUGGCCUUGGACCCACUGUGCCUAUCACAAUGGCAUGGACAGCUGAGAUCUUUACACCACGCCACGGUGAUGUUGGUUGUGCUGUCAGUUCGGCAUUGGUGUCCGGAUUGGGAAACCUCGGAAGUGUCACUGCCACAUAUGCACUUUACAGCGGAUGGUCAGCAGAUGCUGCUAGACUGUACAGAGACUCGAACAUGAUGCUGGUACUGAUGCUUGGGGUCAGCAUUUUGGCGAGUGGGUUUUUGGUCGUCCUCAGAUGGAAACUUGGCGACUUCAAACCAUCCACAAAGCUGGCAACCAGCACUGCGUUUUGA